AUGAGCGGCUUACUCGGUUCCCACGGCGGCAUCAAAUUCAAACAGCGCCUGACGCAUGGCGUUCAGGUGUGCGACUACGCGCUCGUCUACGCGGAGAAGAAGAACGACGGCGAAGCGCCGUACUCGGUCUCCUUCACCGCGACGCAGAGCGGCGACGUCAUCGUACAGCUGCACCCGCACUCGCAGCUCGAGCGCGCUGGCCGCGGUGCCAGGGGCCGUGCCGAUGCUGGACCCCGUCUCGUUGACAAGAACGCGCUGUCCGCGCGCGGCAGCGGGCCCUCGCGCCAGUCGCGCUCGCCGUCGCCCGACUCUCCGCCCGCCAAGCGGGCCGCCUCCGCUGACUCGUCCGGCUAUGAAACCGAUACGCCGGACGAGGUGCAGCAGGAGGCGGUCCGCAGGGUAUGCGGCGCGCUCGGCAUGAGGGAGCAGUUCGAGGCGGCGAUGGCGGCGGGCGAGCUGCUCGAGAUGCUCGAGAGCUUGCCGCGAGGGGCGGUCGAGGCCUCUGUCCGACAGAUGCGGGGUUACAACCGCACGGGCGAGUGGCCAGAGCCCAUUCUCACCAGCCCUGCCCCGCAGCGCGGCCGCUCGCCAAGCCCCGUCGAUGAGUGGUCAGAUGGUUAG